AUGGAUCAGCUGAUGAACCUCCUCUACCUGAACUUCUCAGAGCAGCUGAGCCUGCUGGAAGAAAACGCAAUGUCCUGCAGCGACUCCGUGGGGAACGGCACCUUCCUGAUUGUGGCGUACAGUGCCGUCAUUGCCGUGGGGCUGAUUGGCAACCUUUGCCUGGUGUGCGUCAUCGUCCAGCAGAAGGAGAUGCGGAACGUCACCAACAUCUUCAUCGCCAACCUCUCCUGCUCCGACAUCCUCAUGUCCCUCGUCUGCAUGCCCGUCACGGUCAUUUACACCCUGAUGGACCACUGGAUCUUGGGCGAAGUGCUCUGCAAGGCCAGCCCCUUUGUCCAGUGCGUUUCUGUCACCGUCUCCAUCUUCUCCCUGGCCUGGAUCGCCCUGGAGAGGCACCAGCUCAUCAUCAACCCAACAGGGUGGAAGCCGGCAGCCAACCACGCCUACCUGGCGGUAGCCCUGACCUGGGUAACAGCUUGCUUCGUUUCCCUGCCCUUCCUCUCCUUCACCAUCCUGACCAAUGAGCCCUUCCAAAACCUGAGCCUUCCCUUUGACCCCUUCGCCAACCACCUGGCCUGCAUCGAGCAUUGGCCGUCGGACCAUCAUCGCCUGGCCUACACCACCUUCCUCUUGCUCUUCCAGUACUGCCUGCCCCUGCUCCUCAUCAUGGCCUGCUAUUUCCGCAUCUUCCUGCGCCUCCAGCGCCGCAAGGACAUGGUGGAGCGGGCCAAGGAUGGCUCCCGGGCCACCAGCCACAGGAAGGUCAAUGUCAUGUUGGCGUGCAUUGUGGUGGCUUUCGCUGCUUGCUGGUUUCCCCUCACUGUCUUCAAUGCUCUCUAUGACUGGGACCAUGAGAAGAUCUCUGUGUGCUACCACAACUUCAUCUUCUCCCUGUGCCACCUGGCAGCCAUGGUGUCCACGUGCAUCAACCCCAUCAUUUACGGGUUCCUCAACAGCAAUUUUCAAAAGGAGGUCAAGGCCUUGCUGUAUCGCUGCAGUUGCAGCAGCGAGAAGGACAAGUACGAGAGCUUCCCGCUCUCCACCGUCAGCACCGAGAUCUCCAAAGCCUCGCUCCGAAGUGGGGGUGGCACCAGCGCCCAGGUGUGACUUCCGGGCUCCUAUGUAGUGCAACCCAACACCAAGCAGUUCCUUCCUUGGCACUGAGCGAGACAGGGAGUACCGUCACCCUUUGUGCAUAUUUCCAAAUCCUCUGGUGACUCUCUGCCUCCAGUCUCAUACCAAACCCG